AGGAAUUCUCUUACUCCGUGUGUGGUACAUGUACUCUCAUAGUGCCAUUGCGCGAGCGGUUGCAUGCUUCAGCUACGCAGCAUGCACUAUAUCGUCCCUCGCGAUGAUGGGCUCAAGUCUUCCGUUACUGAAGUCAAGCGCGGAAUCUCUGCAGAUUCAGCGGCAGAUAACAACCAUCCCAGGAUGUUCUGCGCCUGCCCCGUCGAUGAUAUGGGCAGUCUUCGUUCCAAGUACCAUCAUCCACAUAAUCUUGUUUGGAUUCACGAUCGUACGAGUUACGAGGAUCUCUCGUGACUUCCGGAUGGAUAUGUUGAUGCAACGUCUAGCACGAGAUGGAAGUCUUGUCUUCUUCGUUUCGAUGGCUUCGGCCACAUUCUCCGUGGUCGGUGCUCGUUUAACCACAGAUCCUAUGAUCAACGGGCCAGCAACUUGGUCGAACUCACAAUUAGCAAUCAGCGCAGUCGCAGUGUCUCGGCUUAUGCUCAGCAUACGCUCUCUCGCUGGGAAGUUGAGAAUUAAUCAAGAUUGGUUAUUCAACCCGUCUGAGCUUAGCAGGAUCAGGUGGUGGGCUGUCUCUGAUGAUUAUGGCCGCAGCAUAGUAGUCGAUAUGGACACACGUGAACCAGUAGUACACAAAGUAUGAUGUUAGCUGUGACAUAAUAAAUUAAAAGACUAAUUAGAUAUCA